AUGUGGAGCUCCCUGCAAACCCUGUCCAUCCUGCUCGUGAGUGCGACCCUAGUUGCCGUCAUGACCGUGUCCACCUCUUCCCUGAUCUUACCGACCUUUAGCCGUCGACGACGAAGAACCCAUCCCCACCCAGAAUCGUCGACGAGACAAGUCCGUCUCCUGCGCAAGCGGGAAUCAUCGCCGGCCAUGGAUGAGUUUCUCGACCUCGACGUCCUGUCGCUCGUGUCCAAAGUCGCCACCGAGCUGCAGAACCACGUCGGCGUCGGCGAUCAGACCCUUGCAGAGUUCCUCAUCGCUCAGCGCCUCGAGAGCACGUCCGUCGCCGACUUCCGCAAGAAGCUCGAUGGCAUCGGCGCCGACUUCCCGCCGAGUCUGGUGGAUAGCCUGGACCGGCUGGUGCUGGCGUUGCAUCCAAAGUUCAAGACGGUAAUCAAGAACGGCGCGCUCGACGGCGCCGAGGAGCACCACUCGCGCACGUUGGAGGAGAAGGAAAAGAUCUUCAGCGGCCUGUCGCUGCCCGACAAGACGGUGGACGACGACGGUGGCGCCGACGCCAUCGAUGACACCUUGGCCCUGUUGGAGGAGCUCGACGGCCGAGCCGGCAAGGGUCAAACAUCGAGGAAACGCAGCCGAAGCCCCGACGACGACCGGGGUGAACCGAGGCGGAGGAGACGAGACCGGUCGCGCUCCCGAGAUCGACGCAGGAAAGACAGGCGCCGCUCUCGGUCGAGAUCGAGAUCGCCUCUGCGGGACCGUGACGGCGAGCACGGCCGGGACGGGUUCCGCGGUUCGCACAAGGACAGGCGCGGACGCUCGCAGCACCACGACGGAAACGCCCGGCUCGACCGGCCGCCCGCGCCCGAGGUUGACGAGGCACCGCAGCUCAACAAGAUAUACGAGGGCCACGUCACGGGCGUCAAGGACUUUGGCGCCUUCGUCAACAUCCACCACGUGCGAGGCAAGGUCGACGGCCUCGUCCACGUCUCCCGCAUGGCCAACCAGCGGGUCAGCCACCCCUCGGACCUCCUUGCCAAGGGCCAGCACGUCUUCGUCAAGGUCACCGCCCUCGAGCAGAACAGAGUUGGCCUGUCGAUGAAGGAUGUCGACCAGGAAACGGGCAUGGACCUCGAGCCCCAACCCCGCUUCUCCACCGGCGCCAACAUGGAAGCCCUCGGCGGCGGGCCCGGAAACGGCUUCGUCGAGCCCGUCGAGAUGCCGCGAGACAGCCUCGGACCGCCCAAGCGCCACAGGAAGCGGAUGACGUCGCCCGAGAGGUGGGAGAUCAGGCAGCUCAUUGCCUCGGGAGUCGCCAAGGCCUCGGAUUACCCCGACCUCGAGGAGGACUACAACGCGACCCUGCGGGGCGACGGAGAGCUCGAGCUGGAGGAGGACAUCGACAUCGAGGUGCGCGAGGAGGAGCCGCCCUUCCUGGUCGGCCAGACCAAGCAGUCGCUCGAGCUGUCGCCUAUCCGCGUCGUCAAGGCCCCGGAUGGCUCCAUGAACCGGGCCGCCAUGUCCGGCACGAACCUUGCCAAGGAGAGAAAGGAGCUGCGCCAGCAGGAGGCCGACGCCGCCGCCAAGGAGGAGCCCAAGGAGAACCUGUCGUCCCAGUGGCAGGACCCCAUGGCCGAUCCCGACAAGCGAAGGUUCGCCAGCGACCUGCGCAACGCGAGAGCCAACGCGAGGUCGGACGAGGUCCCGGCCUGGAAGCAGGCCGUCAUCCCGCGGGACCAGCCUCUCGGAAAGCGAUCGACGCUGAGCAUCAAGGAGCAGCGAGAGACGCUGCCCGUCUACGCCUUCCGGAACCAGCUCAUCAAGGCGGUGAGGGAGAACCAGAUCCUCAUCGUCGUCGGCGAGACCGGCUCCGGCAAGACAACGCAGAUGACGCAGUACCUGGCCGAGGCGGGAUUCGCCAACGACGGCAUCAUCGGCUGCACCCAGCCUCGCCGCGUCGCCGCCAUGUCCGUGGCCAAGCGCGUGGCCGAGGAGGUGGGCUGCAAGCUGGGCGACGAGGUCGGCUACACCAUCCGCUUCGAGGAUUGCACGAGCUCCUCGACCAAGAUCAAGUACAUGACGGACGGCAUGCUGCAGCGCGAGAUCCUCAUGGACCCCGACAUGAAGCGCUACUCGUGCAUCAUGCUCGACGAAGCCCACGAGCGCACCAUCGCCACCGACGUCCUGUUCGCCCUGCUCAAGAAGACGCUGAAGCAUCGGCCGGACCUCAAGGUCAUCGUCACCUCGGCCACGCUCGACGCCGACAAGUUCUCGGCCUACUUCAACGAAUGCCCCAUCUUCACCAUCCCGGGCCGAACCUUCCCCGUCGAGGUCCUGUACUCGAGGGAGCCCGAGUCGGACUACCUCGACGCCGCCCUCGUGACGGUGAUGCAGAUCCACCUGACGGAGCCCAAGGGCGACAUCCUGCUCUUCCUGACCGGCCAGGAAGAGAUCGACACGUCGUGCGAAAUUCUCUACGAGCGCAUGAAGGCCCUCGGCCCGAGCGUGCCCGAGCUCAUCAUCCUGCCCGUCUACUCGCAGCUGCCGACGGAGAUGCAGAGCCGCAUAUUCGACCCGGCGCCCGCCGGCAGCCGCAAGGUCGUCAUCGCGACCAACAUCGCCGAGACGUCCAUCACCAUCGACGAGAUUUACUACGUCGUGGACCCCGGCUUCGUCAAGCAGAACGCUUACGACCCGAAGCUCGGCAUGGACUCGCUCGUCGUCACGCCCAUCUCGCAGGCGCAGGCGAACCAGAGGGCCGGCCGAGCCGGCCGCACCGGACCCGGCAAGUGCUUCCGUCUCUACACCGAGGCGGCCUACCAGUCGGAGAUGCUGCCGACGACGAUACCCGAGAUCCAGAGGCAGAACCUCGCCCACACCAUCCUCAUGCUCAAGGCCAUGGGCAUCAACGACCUGCUGCACUUCGACUUUAUGGAUCCGCCGCCCAUCAACACGAUGCUGACGGCGCUCGAGGAGCUGUACGCCCUGAGCGCCCUCGACGACGAGGGGCUGCUCACCCGACUCGGUCGCAAGAUGGCCGACUUCCCCAUGGAACCAUCGCUGGCCAAGGUGCUCAUCGCCGCCGUCGACCACCAGUGCUCGGACGAGAUGCUCAGCAUCGUUGCCAUGCUCAACCUGCCCAACGUCUUCUACCGACCGAAGGAGAAGCAGCAGCAGGCGGACCAGAAAAAGUCCAAGUUUCACGACGCGCACGGCGACCACCUCACGCUCCUCAACGUCUACAACUCGUGGAAGACGUCGGCCUACUCGAACCCCUGGUGCUUCGAAAACUUCAUCCAGGCCCGCUCCAUGCGUCGCGCCAAGGACGUCCGGGACCAGCUCGUCAAGAUCAUGGAGCGCUACCGCCACCCUGUCGUCUCGUGCGGACGCGACACGCAAAAGGUGCGCCGCGCCUUGUGCUCGGGCUUCUUCCGCAACGCCGCCCGCAAGGACCCGCAGGAGGGCUACAAGACGCUCACCGAAGGCACGCCCGUCUACCUGCACCCGAGCUCGGCGCUCUUCGGCAAGCAGGCCGAGUGGGUCGUCUACCACACGCUCGUCAUGACGACAAAGGAGUACAUGCACUGCACCACAAGCAUCGAGCCCAAGUGGCUCGUCGAGGCCGCGCCCACCUUCUUCAAGGUCGCCGGUUCGGACCGUCUGAGCAAGAGGAAGCAGGCCGAGAGGAUCCAGCCUCUGUACAACAAGUUCGCCACCGAGGACGACUGGCGUUUGAGCGCCCAGCGGCGUGGAGGCAGAGGCGGCGGCGGCGGCGGCGGAACCUGGGGUUGA